UUAAAGCAUGUAGAUACACCGGGAUCUACGAGGUCCUGCAAGAGUGUGGAGAUAAGGCGAAAGCAGUCACGGAGUCAGAGUGUGGUUCAGGCCAUGGAGGAGAGCUAUGAAGUGGACCUGGUCUACAUCACAGAGAGGAUCAUCUCUGUCUCUUUCCCCGCUGCCGCUGAGGAGCGCAGCUACACCACCAACCUCAAAGAGGUGGCGGCAAUGCUGCGAUCCAAACAUGGUGAACACUAUCUGGUGCUCAACCUGAGCGAGAUAAGGAAUGACUUAGCAAAGUUAAACCACAAGGUUCUGGAGUUCGGCUGGCCAGACCACCAUGCCCCACCGCUGGAUAAGAUCUGCAGCAUGUGCAAAGCCAUCGACACGUGGCUCAAUGGAGAUCCACGAAAUGUUGUGGUACUACACAACAAGGGGAACCGAGGCCGAACAGGGGUGGUGGUGGCUGCCUACAUGCACUACAGCAACAUAUCCGCAAGUGCUGACCAAGCGUUGGACAGGUUCGCCAUGAGACGCUUCUACGAGGACAAAGCACUUCCUGUUGGUCAACCAUCCCAGAGAAGGUAUGUGCGUUACUUCAACGGCCUCUUGUCGGGACACAUAAAAAUCAACAACAAGCCUCUGUUCCUGCAUCACGUCAUCAUGCACGGCAUACCGAACUUUGAGUCCAAAGGAGGCUGUCGUCCUUUCCUGAAGAUCUACCAGGCAAUGCAACCUGUCUAUACGUCAGGAAUAUACAACGUGCAAGGAGACAGUAACACCAGUAUCUGCAUCACCAUCGAACCCGGCCUGCUUCUAAAGGGAGACAUCUUGCUGAAGUGUUACCACAAGAGGUACAGAAACCCCACCAGAGAUGUGAUGUUCAGGGUGCAGUUCCACACCUGUGCCAUCCAUGACCUCGGAGUGGUUUUCGGGAAGAACGAGCUCGACGAGACCUUCAAAGGUAACGGCUCUCCGGAUGAGAGAUUCCCAGAGUAUGGCAAGGUGGAGUUUGUUUUCUCAUAUGCACCAGAAAAAAUCAGAGGCCUGGGCCACUUGGAGAAUGGGCCAAGCGUCUCUGUGGACUACAACACCCAGGACCCUCUUAUCCGGUGGGACUCGUACGACAACUUCCCCCACCGCUGCGAGGACACUGUGGACGACGAGCACAAUCUUGUUCACACCCAAGGUCCACUUGAUGGAAGCCUGUAUGCCCGGGUCCGCAAAAAAGACUCCCUGGAGGGAGUGGUCACCAUCAACGGCCUCCCAGUCCAUGAAAACCCCUUGACCAAUGCAGAGAACCCUUUGCAGCACACCAACCACCCUCUCCAAACCACUGAACAGACCCUUCCUGUAACAGGCCACGCCUCCCUCCCUGCCGUCGACCACACCCUCUCCGUGAGUAGCGACUCCGGCAACUCUACUGCAUCCAUUAAGACUGACCGUACCGAUGAACACAGCCAGUCCGUGCACGGUGGUGUGAACCACAGCAACCCACCACCAACCAACCCACCACUCAGCCCUCAGGAGAAGAGAGAACUUGAUCAGCUUCUGAGCGGCCUCGAGGCACCUACUCAUCAACGGCAAGCUUACCUGUCCACAUCCACCAGUCCAGGAGGAGGUGUCCGACAUCUCGUCCCUGCACAGGUCCACGUCAACGGGGGCCACACCAGGCUCGUUGGCGCCCCAUCGACAGAGGAGCGUGAGACAGAUAUUCUUGACGACGAGCUCCCUAAUAGCCAAGAGGGCAAUAGUGUGGACAGCUUGGGCACACUCUCAUCCCUAGAGGGCCACGGAACACCAGCUGACCUCUACUAUCCAUCAGAGACUCCCGUCAGCGGGCAGAACGACGGUCCCUACCUUGAGAGAGGUGUUCUUGGGGAUAAGCUUAGUGAGAUGCCUGUGCACGGAGUACGAACACCCACGGCAAUGCAAGAGCGGAGUGUAGACUCUGCAUCGCCACAAGGGGGAUAUAACAACUACCAGAACGGAGGAGGGAUGUACCGCUCACAGUCCUUUGGGAACCCGCCAGCUGGCAGCCCUGAGACCAACCCUAAACUGAUGCCCAGGGCCCCCGAAAGGAGCACCAGUAGUCGGGAGGCUGUUCAAAGAGGUCUCAAUACGUGGCACCAGCAUAGCCUCCCAGAUGAUCCAUUUGGGCCUCCUCUUCAGUCCACCCAUAGCUUGCCCCAUUUCCCCACCUCAGCUUCACAGCGGGACAUUGAGCAGUCCAUUGAGGCACUCAACAUGCUAAUGCUCGACCUGGACCCAAUCAACUCCCACAUGUCCAAGUCCCACAGUGCGCCUCCUGGGGAAAAUAACCUCAAUUCAUCACAGGCCCCUUUCUCUCAGACCCUUGCAAGGCCCUCAUACCAAGGGGACUCUGCCAUCCAUGGCUACAACAACUCUGGGUCGGUCAACAACAACUUUCAUCAGCCACUGCGGUCGACUGGGAGAGUGUCAACAUUGCCCAACCAGAGCCCAGUAAUGGAGUCUCCAGCGUAUUCUCCACAGAGGACCAACGCAGGCUACCAACACCAAAACACCACCCCAACACACACCCCCGAGCCCUACCUCCACACACGCCAAGCACCCCACCACUACCCCGCCGAUCCUUCCCCUACUUUCAACCAGCAGGCGAUGAAGCCUGUGAACUCUUACCCAGGCGGCGGGGUUUCAUACUCCCCGGACCUGCAGGGUUCAUCCCCUUAUCCAGGCUACAGUGCCUCCUCUUCUCCCCUCCCUGCUCUAACGCCUCAACCCAAGGACACAUCAUCUUCCUCCUUGCCUAAAGAACAAGAUGCAGAAGAGGAGCAGCUAAACUUGGAAGGCCUGGUCGCUCAACGCAUCGCUGGGGUACGCUCUAGGGGAAUGACCCCAGAAGUGACACAGGAGACGGGCCGGCGUCGGACCACCAGCGAGGGUCAGUACCAGAGCAGCCAUGACAACAGGCCGGUGGGGCAUUCACCAGACUUCGUCAACAACCUGGCUCUCAACCCUGGAGGAAGACCAAGAGAGGGUACCAUGCACAGCUACCGGGAGGCGUUCGAGGACAGUGAGCCAGACGGGUUUGCCAACAGUCCCACUUUUGGAGGCGGUGGUGAGAUUUCCCCCCAGACCCCCAGCUUCCCCGUGUCACCACAGACUCCUUACUUCAACAUGUCUCGCUCCCCUCCAGGUUUGGCCAAGACUCCUCUGUCAGUGGCACUGGGGAUGAAGCCACAUCAACACGGUGGAUCAGAUAAUCGCAGUUAUGGAGACUCCAGAGCACAAGCGUUCAACUCGCCUCUCUCCUCCAGCAGCCCAAUCCAUGUUACUGAUGGGAGGAGGAUGGGUUCUUCAGACAGCGCCCCCCACAGCCCAGUCCCCUCUUACACGCACCGACCCGCCUCCCCCGAGGGCUCCCAGGUGAACAUCAUGGGCGUCCACACCGUCCCCGGCAGCCCCAACACCCUCCACCGCACAGUGGCCACCAACACGCCACCAAGCCCCGCCCUCCAAAGACGCCUGGGUCAAGCCAGCCCCUCGCUGACCAGACACGCCCCUCCAGCCGGCGCCGUCCCCGUCAGCCCUCUGAUCGGCCGCAACCCAAAAACAGCAGGUGCCGGUGUGCCACCCAGCCCCAUGAUGGGCCGCCGCACGGCCACGAGCGGCCACAGCACGCCCGACGAGCUGGGGGCAGCAUCUCGUCAGGGGAGCACCCAGCCGCCCUUCACGCCCGCCUUCCCCGUCUCCCCACAUCUGCCGGAGAAGAGGCACAUGUCCAGCGGAGACGCAGAGAGGACGGACAACAAGAACUUGACGCCCGCCAGCGGUGGCAGCACGCCCAACCUGUCUGGCACACACACACUCCCAGACGUCUCCAAGUCCAUAUAUGAUAGUUAUCCAGACAUUAAGAUGAAUGUCAAGUUUGUCCAGGACACCUCCAAGUACUGGUACAAGCCAGACAUCUCCAGAGAGCAAGCCAUAAAUCUGUUGAAGGACAGGGAGCCCGGAGCGUUCAUCAUAAGGGACAGCCAUUCCUUCCGUGGAGCCUAUGGUCUGGCUAUGAAAGUGGCCUGCCCCCCACCAACUGUCCAACAAAACAAAAAGGUUGGAGACAUGACUAACGAGCUGGUGAGACACUUCCUAAUCGAGACGAGUCCCAAAGGCGUCCGUCUGAAGGGUUGUCCCAACGAACCAUACUUUGGUUGUCUUUCUGCUCUGGUGUACCAACACUCGAUGACUCCACUGGCUCUGCCCUGUAAGCUGAUGAUCCCCGCCAAAGACCCAAAUGAAGAGGCGCUUGAACUGGCAACACCGACUGAUCCAGUUGUUGAACUUCUGAAGCAAGGAGCAGUUCAGAAGGUUCCUGAGGAGGCUCAUGCGUGCAAUGUUCUCUACAUCAACUCUGUGGACAUGGAGUCUCUCACAGGGCCUCAGGCCAUUGCCAAGUCCAUCAGCCAGACCCUGGCGACCAACCCUCUGCCUGACGCAACCACCGUCCACUUCAAAGUGUCCGCACAGGGCAUCACGCUCACUGACAGUCAGAGGAAGAUUUUCUUCAGGCGGCAUUAUCCACUCAACACAGUAACCUACUGUGAUCUGGAUCCCCAGGACAGAAAAUGGGGCAAAGAGGGAGGGGGCUCAGUGAAGCUUUUUGGAUUUGUCGCACGGAAACAAGGAAGCACAACAGACAAUGUCAGCCACCUGUUUGCCGAGCUGGACCCGGAUCAGCCCGCUUCCGCCAUCGCCAGCUUCGUCUCCAAAAUGAUGAAGCGGUGAAAACUCCCAACGCCUAAAUAAUGGCAGUGGCCAUUUUGAAAUCUUCCUUCCAUCAUUGGUGUCUUUUUCGCCAAGACUCGAUGA